CCAUUUUAUUUCGGACCACUGGACUGGUUCGUCAGGAUUCAAGGGAAGGUUCGUCUGCCAAUUCCGAAUUCACCUCUGCCCACACAGCUUGCUCGUCCACCGAGCAUGGCUGUCUGUGGAAUCAGGCUUCUUGCGUCGGUGCUUCUCUCGGUGCCCCUGACUGCGGCUGCCAGGCGCUCCUCCCAUGGAGCUCAGGGCCGCGACCUGCAGGUGCCUGGGGAGGCUCCCGGCGUCUACGACGUGCACCUGCUGGUUACGCGCCAUGGGCUGUCUUGCGCGAAUAUUGUCGAGACGUGGGUCCACAAGCUCGAUGCUGGCCGCCGGCUCAUGCACGACCCGCUGCUCGGUGGCGUCGGCAUCCACGGCUGCAGCGAAGGUCGGACAGCCGUGGAGGCCUACCUCCACAACCGCAGCCUGCCCCCCUACGACGCCGUGGUGUCCUCCGUGCUGGCGCGCGCCAUGGAGACGGCGCUCCUCACCUACCCGCAGCAGGCCGCGCCUCUCUACGUGGUGCCGUUCAUCCGGGAGCACGCGGCGGGCCUGAGCAACGCCCCGAAGGAGCCCGUGGAGCAGCUCGCCGACCUCAACGCGAGUGUCCCCUACGACUUCCGCGUGGACUACCGCUGGGUCGAGGAGUUCGGGAGCCAGAAGGGGUCCUGGGACCAGUUCUUGCACUUCCUCGAGCAGUCCUUCCUGCCCGACCUGGUCUCCAGGCUCGGGAAGCCACCGGGCAGCAAGAUCGUGUUGCCUGUCGUGACGCACUCCCUGUUCAUGAGGGACAGCGACGUGGGCGAGAAGUGCAAAGCUGCGUUCGGGGAGAACCCCUCCGGGAAGCCGCUGAACAAUCAGGUCGUGGAGAUGACGUAUGCCUUCCACUCUGGCGAGGCUGCUGUUCUGCGCGCCGAGCCGGGGCAGGAUCGGCGUCCACCGUGCUGUUCACCAUUCCGGAGUGCGGAGAGCCCCGCGCCGUGGGGCACUGGAGGCAGGCGGGAACGCACGAGGGCCGUCCCGCCUAUGCCCGGGUGUGGCGCACGGCCACGUCGUCCUCCGGUGGAGCGAGGGCGCGGCGGCCUGGCAGCUCGCGACGGCCUCGGUGCUCGGCGCCACGGUGCUGUACGAGUCCGAGGGUUCCGAGCUCCUGCCGCAAGAGAUCCGUUGGAAGAUUGCCAAAGGCUACUUCGGGCGCCCGGCUGCCAAGGGGCCGGUGCCCAGGAUUGUUUGGAAAGACGGCAGGCGUAG